CGACCACUGUCGCAUCCAAUGUGCCUCGCAGGAUGGGGUUUUUCUCUCUCCUUCCCCGCUGCGCCGGGAAGAGCUACUUUGGAGAUUGAGCAUCUAUAUAUAGCCUGUUUGGACACUCCAUUUGAGUCGCUUUCCAACUCAGUUUCAAUUCUUUUUCCCGCUAUAAAUUGCCAUCGAUUGAAGUCUACAAGAAUAGACAAUAGUCUCUUCCUACACGAGAGCUUUGUCGGCGUGAUUAGCACCACCAAAAGAUCGGACAGAAAGAUUUAUAGAAAGCCCUAAACAAUGUCAACAGCUUUCCCUCCGCCAAACCAGGAAACUCCAUUUCCUCCCCCGGCGCAUUCCGCAACGUUCCCGGCCCCUCAAAGUUCGCCGGCAUUUCCACCCCCGAACUUCAGCUACCCCCCUCCUCCGAAGCAGCAGCCCGCAAGCCCGCCCCCGUCAGACAUCAACAAUGCAGUAUAUAACGCCAACCCCGGGACCAACAGCCCCUUUGUCCAGCCGACCUCCGUAUCCCCGCCCCCUCAGUCCCCGCCUCUGCCCGUGCAGCAACCACAAAGAGCAUCUACCAUGCCAGUGCAGUACAGCCCGGUGCAGUACAGCCCGGUCCAAAACGUAUCUAGUUCGGACGAGGUGGGCACAUUCAAUGGCGGAAGCUACAGAAUCAGUCACAGAGACACCAACUCCAUCCUCACCUUGCAACUGGCAGUGGGAUGUCCUAUUGAAGCCAAGCCUGGUGCGAUGAUUGCCAUGUCUGAUAAAAUAUCAUUGCGCGGAAGCGUGAAAUUCUCGCUGAAGAAAAUGUUCGCCGGCGAUAUCACCCUGUCCACCUAUACUGGACCCGGUGAGGUUCUCCUCGCCCCAUCAACGCUAGGCGAUAUCAUUGUGCUGCGCCUCUCGGGCUCCGACACCUGGAAGGUCGGCAAAGACGGCUUCCUAGCAGCAACCAGCGGCAUCGAAAAGGACUAUCAAAGCCAGGGUCUCACCAAGGGCGUCUUCUCGGGCGAGGGCUUCUUCGUCUACAAGAUGACUGGUAUCGGUCUUGUCUGGCUUCAGAGCUUUGGUGCUAUUAUCAAGAAAGAUAUCGCCGAAGGCGAGACCUACUUCGUCGAUAAUGGUCACCUGGUGGCCUGGAACUGCAAAUACAAGAUCGAGCGAGUCGCCUCCGGCGGUAUCAUCUCCGGGAUUAGUUCGGGAGAAGGUCUUGCCUGUCGUUUCAUGGGCCCUGGAACGGUCUACUUGCAGACGAGAAACGUGGGUACCUUUGCGGCCCAUAUCGGGGCCCAUACGGCUAGUGGCUGAGGUAUGGACAUCUUAUACAAACUUGAUGACAUUUUCUUCUUUUUCUUUCCCAGCAGUGUGUUUUUGUUUUCUUUUCUUUGCUUCUAUUCUUGAGCCCUUUGUUGGUUAUAUUCCCCUCAAGCUCCUGGUGACCUUGUGAGCGAAGCAUAUUAUACCUAUUCCAGACUGGGAGGCAGUCGUAUAUUAGCUGCGAUUUAAAUGUAUGCUAUAGCUUUUGGUUGUUCUAUCCCAGAUUAAAGAUUUGCUUCAAACCUAAGUAGAU